AUGCGACGGGUCGGCUGGUGCCUCUUGCUGAUAAUCCCGACAGCCUUCGCCAUCCAGUGCAACGUUUGUGGAGACGCGAAUCUCGACGAGUUCGGGGAGUGCGAGGCCCAAUUCCCCUAUGAUUGCGACGCGUACGCGCGGCGUUUCAGCCCAGAUGAGAAAAUCUACUGCCGGACGACGAGGCAUAAGGCCACAAAUGGUACUUACACAAUUCUGAAGGAGUGCAUCUCGGAGAGUGAUCACUACAAAAAGUUCCCCGAAAAGGAAUACCCACUCGAUGAGGAGUGUGACCUUGUUGAAAUAGAUGGACAGGAGGUCGCCUACUGCCUGUGCCGCUCGGGCUCGUUGUGCAAUGAAAAGCCCAUCGCCGAGCAGUUCUCCUUGUUUGAGGCGAAACACCCUGAACUCUUUGCCACCGACGAGUCACCGGAAUUGUCGGAGGUUCGCUCCGCGCCCCCGCGAGCUGAUGCCAAGGUAUUCCGGGCCGGUGGGGACAACGCGGCGACUUUUGGAGCAGCAGCUCGGAAUCAGCAGCUCCCGAUUCAGCCUGUCAACGAUUUAAGGUUUGUGAAAAACUCCCGAGACAAGCUGCCAUCUCGCGAAACUGGCACCCCCGAAAUGAAGGACAUGGAGUCCGCCGAAAUUGACGCGCUAUUCCGAGCUCGAGAGGCGGCUCGAGCUUCACCCACCUUGCGAGAAACCAACUCCAUUGGACGCAUCGAUGCUGUCAUGCCAGCACCACCGAGGUCGUCCGGCUUCGUGUUCUCGACGAACGCCCUCGACGGUUCGAUGAUAGCCCCGAAAACAGAGGAGCUGCCCGGAAUUCAACCUGUCGCCACGUUCCAGGCCAAGCCUCGAGCCCCCCCGCUGCCGUCCCCGGUGCUCGCCGUCGCCCCGCCCUCCACCCUAAAAUGCGCCCAGUGCGGCCAAGGGAUGCUCGCGGACGAAUCGACUGAUUGCACAAGCCAACAAACGGUGGAUUGCGUCGGAACCGAUACGCUGUGCUUCACGCGACAAAUCCUGCUUGGAACCGGUCAAAAUGCCAUCGAAAAAAUGUGCGUCAACUCGGCGGUGCUGGAGAAUGAGUACGGGGAAAGUGUGGUGAAGGACGGCUGCGGGGAGGCCCAUCAGGGAAAGGUUCGGUACUGUGUAUGCAACAAGAAUGAGUGUAAUAAGGAGUCGAUUAUCAAGCAGCUCGAAGCCCAGAAUCCGGAAUCGAUCCCCGCUCGGCCAGCAGUCAAUGAAGAAAUUGUGCCGAAAGUUCCUGUACCACUGGUUCCGAUACAACCCGUCAAUCAGCCACUUCCGGCUACUGAAGCCCCGCGAACCGUUCAAAAAGCCCUGGUUCCACCACAACAACCGAUUGUUGAGCUGAAGCCCCCUGUCGAGCGCCCCGCCCCGAUCAAGCCCAACGUGGUCGCUGUUGCAAAGAAUUUGGUCACAGCCUCGGCCGAGGCCUCCCUGCAUUGCAUGAUGUGCACGGAAGCGGAAAAUACGGACCCGAUCGCGGAUUGCACCUCUUCUGUUCCGGUGGCUUGUGCUGGAGGGCGUGGGGAUGAGGAACAGACGUUCUGCGUGACGAAGCAGACACAAUUGGCCACAGGCCUCUUCUCCCUGGAAAAGAAGUGUACGUCACGCGAGGAGUUCUCGAUCGAAUUCCCCGACAAGAAGAUGGAAUCUGGAUGUGGGGUGGCAUUUGACGGAUUGAUCAACUACUGCAUCUGCACCGGGGAUAACUGCAACCGAAAGAGUCUCCUGGAGCAGACGCAGCUUUACAGGGGCGACUCUGAAGACAACGAAAACGAACAGGUGGAUGAUGGCGAGGAACUCACCCAGGUGAAGCCGGAGAAGAAAAUGCCGGCUCGACAAGAGUUCGGUGGCUUCAAUCGGGUUGGGCCGGUGCCGGAUUCUGUGGACAUCCGCUCCGAGCUGGAUCGGCUAAAGGAGAAGGAGCAGAAGAGCGUCGAUAUUACCGCCCUCCCUGCUGACGACCUCGAAACACGACAACGCCAAUGGGCACAACGCGAAGCCGAGCUCGCUCGAUCCGCAUCUAUCGUAUCCCUACUCACCCCGCUAUUUUUUGCCCUUCUUGCUCGACUACUG